AUGGAAGGUACUUCGAUAACUGAAAGAUUGAGAGCUUUAAGGGAACCACAGAUAUCAACAGAGGAUCUUUUACAGGGAGCUGAGCAAUUUAAGUAUAGUUUUUUAAGCAAGCUUUACAGCUCAAAGUCAUAUUCUGUUAGUGAAAUUGAUAAAGAGUUAAAAAAGCUCUGGCCGAAAAGCAAAGACAUCUUUAUCAAAAGAGAAGAAAAUGACUGCUUCCUUGUAAAGUUUCACACAGCUGAGGAGUAUGAUAUUUUUAUUAAGUUCAAACCCUGGUUUCUAGAAGGUGACUUGUUUGCACUUGAGCCUUGGAACCCAAAGUUUCCAAAAAGUCUAGUGGAUUUAACUAAACUUCUGUUGUGGAUUCGUUUAUACAACUUGCAACCUGGAUUUGCUUACCCAAACAUAGUUAGAAGCAUUGUUUCUCCAAUGGGUGAUGUGAAAGAACUUGAUCCACCAGACUGUAUUUUUGCAAAAGGUAAAGUUCAAAAAGCUUUGGUGUUGUUGGAUGUUAGAGAUCCUCUUAGAAGGGGCUUCUGGGUUAAGAAUGCUGUGGAUGAGGAUGUAUGGAUAAGAUUGUUCUAUGAAAAACAACCUUUUAAUAUGUGUGGUUUCUGCUACACCAUUGAUCAUAAGGAGACGGAGUGUGAGAUCAUUGCAUCCUAUUUGCUUCAGCAGCAACGAGGACAUCUAUCAUCAGUUUCAAUACUUGAUCCCCCUUCUUGGACAAACCCGGAUAACAGAUCAAAAAGACAUGCAAAUGUGGAUCCGCAUGGUACCUCUUCUGCUUCUACUAAUAAGACAGAUCUGACUCAAUUAGUGGAAAUCAAGGUUUGA